CAGGGGCUGCCGGAGCAUGGACUGUUAAAAACUUGCAUUUCUGCAGCGUGAGGUAAUAUUUUAACACCAGUAUGGGAAAGCAAAACAGCAAACUACGCCCUGAAGUCAUGCAAGAUUUGCUAGAAAGUACAGACUUUACAGAACAUGAGAUCCAGGAGUGGUACAAAGGCUUCUUGAGAGACUGUCCAAGUGGGCAUUUAUCUAUGGAGGAGUUUAAAAAAAUAUAUGGAAACUUUUUCCCUUAUGGGGACGCUUCUAAGUUUGCGGAACAUGUAUUCCGCACUUUUGAUGCCAAUGGAGACGGAACAAUAGAUUUCAGAGAAUUCAUCAUAGCCUUGAGUGUAACGUCGAGAGGUAAACUGGAGCAAAAGCUGAAGUGGGCGUUCAGCAUGUACGACCUUGAUGGGAAUGGCUACAUCAGUAAGUCAGAGAUGCUGGAAAUUGUGCAGGCAAUCUAUAAGAUGGUUUCUUCGGUAAUGAAGAUGCCAGAAGAUGAGUCAACACCAGAGAAGAGGACAGAGAAGAUCUUCCGCCAGAUGGACACCAACCGUGAUGGAAAGCUCUCUCUGGAAGAGUUCAUCCGAGGCGCCAAGAGUGAUCCGUCCAUAGUCCGUCUCCUGCAGUGCGAUCCCAGCAGCGCCGGGCAGUUCUGAACCCGUUCUUUGGAUGAAUUAUGUAUCUGCUUUUUUUUUUCCUUGCCAAACAACAUUCAUGGUAGUGUUGCCUCUGUAUGGCCAAUUAUGCCUUCAUUUGUGGCAUCUUAUAGCUUCUUUUGUUGUGGAUUAAUUAUAAGAAUGCUGAAUUGCUCUUAACAAUUUGUCCAGAGCACGGGCAGUACUGUUUUAAACAGAUAUUGUGGUGUUAUCAUUGUUUUCAAAAUUUCAUUUGGGGUUUUUUUUUUUUUGUUGUUUCAAUGUGUCUGUUUUGGAAAGUAUGCAUUGAGGAGGAGUAAACCAACAACAAACCCCUUGGCAGCAAGACACACUGACAGAUUUUAGAUUGCUGCUUUAGUUGUUAAGUAUUCACCCACAGGACCUGAAAGUAUAGUAGAGAGUGAACCAAAGGGGUUGUGAUCGGUGGGAUAGGAUUCACCUGGAACCUCCUCUCCUG